CAAGAUUAUACCAACAAAAAGCAAGUUUCGCUGCCAAAAGGAAAUAACGUUUAAAUAGUUUACUUCUAAUUUAAAUAAUUUAAUAAGGUAUUGGAUAUUGAAAUGAAUAGAAAUAAAUGUCGAACAUGCCUUUGCCUGGCAGAUGAUUUAGAAUCCCUUGAAGAAAUUGUUGUUAUUGACCAAUCCCUGUCGCUAUCAUAUGCCCAACUAUUGAAGGAUGUAACAAGUAUUAAUGUGUUGGCCGAUGCAGAUUCAGCCAUAAUGCCAAAAUCUAUUUGCCAAUCUUGCUCGGAGAAACUCAAACAAUCCCAUGGAUUUAUAAAACAAGCCUGGUCGGCCAAUGAACAAUUACAGAGCUUACUAAAGAGCUCUGAAACAUUAGAUUGCUUACAAGAGUCUGAAAUUGAUAUAAAUAGCUGUUUGGAAAUAAAACUAGAAAAUAAUGAAGACCUGGUGAACGACAAGAAGGUAACGCCCGGAAAAGAUGAUAAAGGGUGCAAUUUGGCAGAUAAUUUAAAUACCAUUGAGGACAGCAAUAGAGAUGACUCAAUCUUCAGCCCAGAGAUGGAGGAUAGUUUAGCAAAAACCGAAUCUGAUAUUUCGGAAAAUACGAAUGCUAAUGAGGAGCUGUUAACAUCUGAUGCCAUUAAGGAAAAAUCGAAACCAAAAUCAAAUACAAAAAAUAAAAAACCCUCCACCAAGAGAUUAGAAAGCAAAGAUAUCAAGGAUGAAGACAUUGCAGUGCCAUGUUUACAGUGCAAUAAGAUUUUUAAUAAUUCCAAAGAAUUGACAAGACAUCUGCGCAACACCCACCUGCCGGAGGAUCAAAAAUGUGCUUGUCCCUUGUGUGGCAUAAAGUUUACACGUUCCUGUAACAUGUACAAACACAUGCGUAAGCUACACGAUCCAGAAUCGGUCAAGUCUUUGUUGCCCACUAAAGAGAAACCCUUUGAAUGUGAUAAAUGUCAUCGUCGAUAUACACAACAGCGUCAAUUGAACUUCCACAUUAAAGAGAAACAUUCAAAUGACCCAGAUAAUACCCAGGACUCCAACUCGAGCAAUUGCAAUGAUAAGAAGAAAAAGCCGGAUGUACGACCCCUGUGUUUUGUAUGUGGCAGCUCAUUUUCUAAUAAAGCCCAUCUAAUUGUCCACAUGGCAAGACACACGGGUGAAAAACCCUUCAAAUGUGAUCUUUGUGAUAGAGCCUUUCCUCGUACAUCCGAUUUGACGUCACAUCGUCGCAUACAUACGGGUGAAAAACCAUUUAAGUGCAAAUUGUGUGAAAAGGCUUUUCGUGUCUCAACAAAAUUAGCAACACACAUGCGUUCCCAUACCAAUGAACGACCCUUUAAAUGUAAACAAUGCGAAAGAAGUUUUAAAUAUUCCAAAGAUUUGAAUAUACACAAACGGGUGCAUACCGGAGAACGACCUUAUUGUUGUACUGUCUGCGGCAGUACAUUUACACAGAGUAAUUCGUUAAAAGCCCAUCGUAUGAAAUUGGGUCACAUGGGGGUGCAGGAGGAGCCAACGUCACAAAUAAUGCAUUUUAUUAGUUGAAUAAAAUAGAUUUUAAAAUCAAACGAAACAGUGCAUUUUAUGACUUUGAAAAAGCUUAAAUAUAAAAUCAUAUCAAAAAUAUACUUG